GGGCGGAGCCGGCGCCGCUGCUGUGAUGGCGUCGCGGGCGUUGCGGGCGGAGGCGCAGCCGCUGCGGUGCCAAUAGAGAGCGGAGCGGCCGGGCCGGGCAUGGAGAGCCUGGCGCAGCCCCCGCCGCCCCCGGGCUCGCUGCAGACGGGCGGCGGGGGCGCUGCCAGCCGGCUCCGCCUGGGAGAGGCGGCGGCGGGCGAGGGCGGCUGCAGGGAGGCCGAGGAGGGCGGCGGGCGGCGCAGCCCUUCCCCUCCGCUGGCCCCCGCUCCCGCCGCGGCCCCUCGGACCGCGUCCCCCUCCCGGGCCGCGGAGGGUGGUGAGGCGGCGGAGGGCGCGGGGCUGGCGGUGCCGGAGAGUCCCGGAGCGGCGCCCGCCUCGGAGAGCGGUCCCGCGGGAGCCGGCUCCGGGAGCAGCGGCGCUCCCAGCCCGGCGGGGGAGGAGUCCCGCAGCCUGGACUCGCUGGAGUCCUUCUCCAACCUGCACUCCUGCUGCCCGAGCAGCUCCGAGCUCAACAGCGACGCCGACGAGGCGGUGGUGGCGGGGGCCUCCUCGGGGGGCCCGGCUCCGGAGCCCGAAGGGGACAGGCCGGCGGCGGGCUCCCAGCUCCUCUCCGCUUCCAAGGAGCGCUUCCCUGGCCAGUCGGUCUAUCACAUCAAGUGGGUCCGCUGGAAGGAGGAGAACACGCCCGUCAUCACCCAGAACGAGAACGGCCCCUGCCCGUUGCUGGCCAUCAUGAACGUGCUGCUCCUGGCCUGGAAGAUUAAACUGCCACCAAUGAUGGAAAUCAUAACGGCUGAACAGCUGAUGGAAUACUUAGGAGACUACAUUCUUGAUGCAAAACCUAAAGAGAUAUCUGAAAUUCAGCGACUUAAUUAUGAGCAGAAUAUGAGUGAUGCAAUGGCAAUUCUACAUAAGUUGCAGACGGGUCUGGAUGUCAAUGUGAAGUUCACAGGUGUCCGAGUAUUUGAAUACACACCUGAAUGCAUAGUGUUUGAUCUUCUUGAUAUCCCCUUGUACCAUGGAUGGUUAGUGGACCCUCAGGUUGCUGACAUAGUAAAAGCAGUUGGUAACUGCAGUUAUAAUCAGCUGGUGGAGAAGAUAAUUUCUUGUAAACAGUCAGAAAACAGUGAACUGGUUAGUGAAGGGUUUGUAGCUGAGCAGUUCCUCAAUAACACAGCUACACAAUUAACAUACCAUGGACUGUGUGAGUUGACUUCAGCUGUCCAAGAAGGAGAGCUUUGUGUGUUCUUCAGGAACAACCAUUUUAGCACCAUGACCAAAUACAAGGGUCAGCUUUACCUGCUGGUGACAGACCAGGGCUUCCUUACAGAAGAGAAGGUUGUGUGGGAAAGUUUACAUAAUGUGGAUGGUGAUGGGAAUUUCUGUGACUCUGAAUUCCACCUGAGGCCUCCAUCAGACCCUGAAACUGUCUACAGAGGGCAGCAGGAUCAAAUAGAUCAGGAUUACCUGAUGGCAUUGUCUCUACAACAAGAGCAGCAGAAUCAAGAGAUUAACUGGGAACAGAUCCCAGAAGGAAUCAGUGAUCUAGAGCUAGCAAAGAAGCUCCAGGAGGAGGAGGACAGAAGAGCUUCUCAGUACUAUCAGGAACAGGAACAAGCAGCUGCUCAGGUCCAGCAGGUACAAGGUGCUGCCUCUCCAGCCAGCACAAGACAAUCCGGGAGUAACGAACGCAAACGCAAAGAGCCUCGAGAGAAGGAGAGGGAGAAGGAGAAGAACAGCUGUGUUCUCUUGUAACAGAACAUGGAUUCCAUCUGGAGCCAAGUGCAUGUCCUCAGAAGCAAAAACAAGGAGUAGAAAGGAAGACAAACCUGUUACAUGCCGCCUGUGCCUGAUUACCCCACGGAUUUUGUUCAUGUUCCAAGAGAGGAUGGAUGACUUUGUACCAAUCAGACAGACUUCCUUCAAAGUCAUAGUGCGUGCUGCUCAAGAGGGAAUUCCAAAUCACAGUUGGACGCGGCUGUGCUUUGAGUUAGUCAUAAGAAAUAUUGCACCUUGUAGCUGAACACACAACUCAUGGCAAGUCCUGUGUCAUAGUGACAUCCAUUACUCAUUACAUCAGUUAGUAAGCUAUUUUAUCUUCUACUCUAAACAAAGGUAAUUCAUUUUGUGUAAGGCUUUUUCCUGAAGUCUGUACACGAGCACAACGGAGUUCUGUGUUACUUCCUUAGUAUGAAACUAUAUCUUAGGCUGGGUAUAGUCUCCACAACACAAGAGCCCAAAUAACAGCUGGGCACUGCCUCCUCAGUGUGUCCAGAUUUCUUUGCUUCUGGAUCUGGUAUGUUCUUUUUUUGAACCCAGAUUUAUACUUGUUACUGCUAUCACGGCAUCUCCUGGCCAGCUUCCUUGCCCCAAGAAUAUGUGACUUGAUAGGCAGCAUACAAAAAUUGUCAUGAAGAAAAUGGGGCAUUUAUUAAAAAGCAAGAUGAAUAUUGUUUGCUUUUCUUGCAAUUACAAACUGGGUAUGGCAACUCAGAUGUUAUCAGGGUUAAACAAGUAAUUUUAUAAGUAACUUCUUUUUCUUUUAUUAUUUUUUUCUCUUGUAGGUAAACUGGACCAGAUAAGCUUUUAUUUAUUGACCUCUCCAUAUGAUAGAUGAAUGAUGAGAGGAAAGUAAAGUCUAUAAUAAUCGUUAUUCUAUAUAAGAAUGCAGACUUAAAAUAACUAUCUGCCUUUUAUCCAGAAGUACCUUGAACUUCAACAUGACGUCAACGUGUCCACUUGUAUAUUUAAGCAAGUGUACUGUAGUUAAAAACACACUUUUUUGUUUGUUUUAUAAAUCAUGUAUUCUUAAAAAAGCACACUUCUGAAGGGGUGAGAGAGGAGUGAAGCUGCCUCUCUGAGAUGGUUUGAAAGGUGGUCAGGUGUAAUAUUUUGUUUUUUAAAUCACUAAUUUAGAAUUUUUGGAAACCAGAUUUUCUAAUUUAUGGGAACCAAAUAAACAUGUUGCAUCUUGUAGUAUUUAUAGAAUGCAGAAACAGAACACUUGAUGAAUUUUGAGGGAACCACAAAUCUUCUCUGCUUCCACUAAAUAACAAUUAGUUAACAAUUAGUUCUUGCUGAACCUUUUGAUAAAAAUUUCUAUUUAGUGAUUUGUAGAUACUUUUGAAAAAGGCUGCUUCUCCUGGACAAGUUCUGUAUCCGUGCUCUAAGCCUUAGUGUUCACACAGAUAACCUGGGCAAGCUAAGGUGGAAUAUGACAUUCCUGCUUCCAGGUGUUUGGAGAAUGUCUACAAAAGUGGGUGUCUGACACAAGUCCAUUGGUAAAAAGCCACUUCGCAAUUAUUUCAAGUAGACUUGCUGCACUGGUGGCAACCAGUCAACACACACAGCUGUUACCAACCUAGAAUGAAAAUGAGAUAAAAGAAGAAUGUCUUACCAACUAAAGGGCCAAUUUGUAUCACUUUUCUUCCAUGCCUUUUCCUCUUUUGUUUUUCUUCCACUUUUGUUACAAUUUUCCUUUUAUAAUGAUGAAGUAAGGAACAGAAGGAGGGCUCUAAUAUGUAAACUGUAAAUUUAAAAAUAUCUUCUCUAGAAAAGUCAUGCCCAGAGAAGUAAUUUUAAUACUUAAUGUAUGCAGUUCAGAUAAUUUUCUAUGUCAAAGCAAAGGUUGAUGUCUUUUUUUCCUUUGCAGCAGCCUAACUUCUUCAAAAAUUAAUGUGAUGAAGGAUCACCAACAUAAUGACUUAGCUACUUUAAGUAGAUGAGAAACUAUUCCAGUAGUGUCAAUAACAGAGACUUUAAGCCAGAAUGUUGUUUAAAAACAUUCUGUUACUAAAUUUUUUCCAAAUUUGUGUAUUUACUUUUAUUUAUUGACCUUGAAAAAUAAAUAUGUUAAGCUAAGUGUUUGUUAUUAUUUUCAGUGACAGUAUCGCCACUUUAACUCCUUUUGGAAGGAAUCUAGCUGUUAUGGCUAUGGAGUUUAUCUCUUUGCCUAAGAUACUUGUUCGUAUUAGAAGAAUUAAUGUAACAUUUCCAGAUUCAGACAGAUGUGCCUGAAACUUAAUACACUGUAGUUAGAGGAAUUCUGGUCAUUUGGUCCCAGAGGAAGAAGAGUUAAAUGUAGUGCUCAUCAUGAAGUUGCAACUCCCAGAUAAUUCAGUUUCAAUAGAGGAGUAAAGGUUUCAGGAGUAAAGGUAUUUGAGAUGGAAGGCAUGCUGUGAAAACAGUCCUCUGUUAAUAUCCUUUUUUCUUUACAGGUCUUGAAGCUUUGGAAAAAAGGUAAAGAAUUCCUGAAAUCUAGGGCUGCAUGAGUUGAACUUGUUAGUGGCAAAAGUUAUAAGCAGUUGAGCUUCCUAAUACCCGAAAUGAAAUUCACCUGGAAGCUUAAUGUAUGCCCUACUGGGAGUAACCAUUCCAAAAGCUGUCAGAGAUGGUAUCUCUGACAGUGUCUGAGGAUCAAAAAAUAUGUGUUGCAUAAUGCAGUCUUGGAGUACUAGGAAGACAAGAUCUACUUUUGUUACUUUUGUUUACUUAAUUUGCCUUUUUUUCCUUUUUUUCUUUUUCUUUUUUUUUUUUCCUCCAGCUCAUGUUCUGGCAGAAGGGUAUAGAUUUAUACUUUGAAUCUGUUUAUACAAUUUAGCAUGUACAUGCUCCAAAUACCUACAUAAUAUAUAUGAAAGUGUCCAGAAAAGUAGAUGAGAACUUGUUUUCCACUAGAUAAAUGUUAGCACAUAAAAGAGAAUCAUAGACUUUUUGUUGUUGCAUUAUAGUUGUGACAUAAAAAAAGCUACAUACAAGUAUUCUUAAGAUUAGCAAAAAACAGAGCACUGCCACAGAGAUAAAUGUUUUUCUGUGAGGCACUUUGUACAUGCUCAAAUCCACCAGUCUUCUUCUGACACUCAUGGAAUCUGCAACCCAGCAAAGCAGAUCCAAAUGGUUGUAACACCAGGGAAUUAAAUUAGCAUUCCUGAAAAUUCACUUAAACACAAUACAAAAGCUACAUUUUGUUCAUAUAAGAAAUGAAGUGUUCAGAGUUUCUGUGCAGAGCUGGUUUUCUGGCUCCCAGGAGUUUACACGAGCACCAAGGGAAGCACAGGCUCUGCUGGGAUUGCCAGGCAGGCUCUGACUCACUUGGUAUGUCACAUUAUUGUCAUAUUUCUUCAAAUUUGUAUACACAAGCUCUUGAAAAAAUUUUCCAGUAUGUAAUAAAAGGCAGUUUUGAGGUCUUGAAAUUAAUUUUCUUGUGCAUUCAGCAGGCAAUACUAAAGUGAAAGGUAAAGCUGAUGUAUUUGUAACUGAACCAUUCUUCAUUCCUGCUCCACUGGUUCUGUAACAAAGUCAGCUCAUUGCUUGGAUCAGCUCUUUGCAUUAGGAUGCUUAUUAGAGAAUCUAUACAAACUACAUCCUUCAAUACAACAUACUGAAUUAAGAGCUUAUUUUAUAUAAAAGUAUAUUUUUAAAACUUGCUGCAUUAAACAGGUGACUCAGAAAAUGCACAUUAAGUGAUGGAGAAGCCUCAUUAGAAAGCAUAUUACAGAAAAGCAAAAAUAACAAGCUGUAGUUUGGUUGCAGUAGAAUGCUCCCAUUUUUUUCCAUCUGUGCUAUGAUGAACACCUUGGGAGCAAGAAAAAUCCAACUCUCAAAAAUGUUCAUUCAGUGCAGGGAUAGCAAAUGUAACAUGCAAAGCCUGAAAAUGGCAUUUCAUCUUGACAAAUGCAUAUCCUUUUUUAUUAAGCAUAACUAGCCAGAGAUUAUUAGUGCUGAGUGGGAAAAGGGGAAGAGGUGAGUGACACCUUCUGACACCAUGUCAUGUACAGAGUCUGUGUGACAUUCAGUGCUCCUGGACAGCUCCCUCUGUUCACAGCUUGCCCAGCAGGAAAGCAGUGGAUAAAAGCUCAGCUGUGGUCUGCUUUGAUAGGGAAGAUGUGCCACAGGAGAAUGUUAAGGAAGAAAGAGAGGCUGGAACAUAAAAAGUCCCUGUGCUACCUCUUGAGAUUGUUUAAGGCUUUGCUGGUUUUUGGACACAAAUAGCUGUGGCACAGCGUGUAGUGGCCACAUUUUCUCACCUAGGUAAUGCCCAGCAGGUUCAUUUCCUGGCAGGUUGGCAGUGUCUGUCCCUGGACACACUGCUCUUCACUCUCACUGUGCUUUAAAGUCAGGACUAGCUGUGCUGAUCCUCUGAUAGCUCCAAAUAUUCUUAUUAAAUGUCAGUUGCCUACUGUUUGGUUUCGGUCAAUGUCAGCUCCUGUCACUCUGAGCUCGCUUUGCUGGAGAGGUCUCUCUAGAGAACUUGCUGAAAUCUGCCUUCCUCAUUCCUUUUCUGGUUUGUAGGAUUACUUGUGUUCAGGGAGAAGCCUUAUGUGCUGAAAUGGGCAGUUCCUUGUUUUUCAAGGUUAAAAUCUUUAAAUACGCAGUUAAUUAUCUUUAGAAAGUCAAGAUUCCAAAUAGUGUUAUUUUUGGGAAAUCAUAGGGAAUGAUUCAGAUGAAGUUUUAGCACUCAAAGGAACUGAAAAGUUUGCUAGCUCAGUCUACACAGUGCUUACAAGUAGUGUAACACUGCUGAACUCCAAGGCAGUGCUGCUCUGAUCAGAGCUGAGGCACUGCCCGUGCUGCCCUCCCGGCAGUGAAUGAGAGUCAAACACUCAGCCAAAUGUACAGAGACCUUGGGGGUGGACAGGGACACAAACUCAGCUAAGUUUUAUUAUUUUUUUUAAUUACUCUCUUGAACUUCCUUUAGUGCUGACCCAAUUUCAGUUUAGGUCCCUUCUACCAUAAGUGAUACCUGUUGUGAAACAUAUGGGGAUUGAUCUAAUAGUGUCUCAUGAGCCAAAGCCUUUAGCUGAGACAAACUGAGGUUCUCCACCACAGAGCUGGAUGAAAUAAUGGAAUGCCUGUCUGUCUUGAAGUUCAUGUUCUCUUGUUGAAGCCUUUAGUAAAAUUUGGAUGGGCUUUUUGAGUUAAAACCUCAGCUGUAACUUUGAAAAGUUAAGUUUAUGCUAAGCAGUUUUGAAAAUUUCACCUUAGUUUAACAUUUUUAGAUUUAUUCUGAAUGUGUUUGCAAAAAAGCUGAAAUAAAUUUUUUGUCAGAAAGCCCAUGAUGGCUUUUUGUUCCUGCUCACUGGCACAUGCCAAGGAAAAGGUCAAAGUUGCAAUUAGAAGAAACACCAGUGUGUCUUAAAUAACUAAAAACUUAAAUCAGCUGAGUAAUGGGAACACCCUUGGGUUUGCUCAUCUCUUGUUUUGGGGAACUCCAAAAUAUCAAUGAAAACAGACAAUUUCCUCUCCAGUAUUUUGGUAUCAGGCCAGCAAUAGGUCUGUUAAUUUUAGGGCUUUUGUAAUUGCAGAUUAACCAGAGCCAGAAACUGGUUUAUCUUAGUUACUGUUGUGUUCACAACUGAGUUUUAGUGAAGCCCUUCACACUGAAAGUUUGAAACCAGGUUCUCUCUGAGGUAACAGUAUUCUGGCCAAUUGCAUGGGUAUAUAUUACCAGUGAUCCUGUUAACUACAGAAAAAAAAGUAUUGCUGUGGAAAUAAAAUCCUUCCAUUGCCUGGAAAAACGUAGUAGUAGAUGGUGUCUUCAAGACACUGCAGAUGGAUACAGUGAACCAAGGAACUUGCUUGUGAACUUUAAACUAUUUGUAAUCCAGCUUUUGCAUUUUUUAUCAUAAAUAGUUGCAAUAAUUACAUGUUUGCAUUCCAUAUACUCGGUUUACAGCAGGUAUGCUUGCAUUUCUGGAUUUCUUGCAUGCUUUGUCUUAGGGAUUGGCAGGUAAAAAUAAUUUAAGAGAACCCCCUUUAAAAACUGAUCAUAGGUAAAAUGAUUUCAAGAGACAAAUCUAUUGUAGCAAGGGUUUCUUCUUGUAUUUUGAUAACACUUGAAAUCAUUAGUGCUGUAACAUUUCUGCUGAAAAGUGUGACUGGCAAAGGAGUUACAGUCCAGACUUUGAUGAAAUAAGCAGGGUUCUGGUUUGGAUAGGCUUCGUACUUGCAAAAACAUCCCCAAUUUAUGCAGGUUGCUAUCAGAUUGUCCUGAACAGAUCAUAGCACCUGUGAUUGGUUUUUCCCUGUGUUUUUGCAGUGUGUACAUCUUUUACAUGUUGAGCAUCACAACUUUGAUAGCAGUUCUUAGAACUAUAGAAGUAUCAAGUACUUGUCCUGUGCCACAGCAAGCUAUUCUAAAUCUGUUACAUCUUGCUCAGUAUUAUGUUAAUUCCUUACAGCAAUUCUUUAUAAGGGAGUAAGAAAUACUGUCAGCAGUUUCCCCACACUAUCCUGAUAGAGCUUUAAUGUUAAAUGACAGAGUUUUGGUUUAUAUUACAGCUUUCAGCAAAACAAGUUCUUAUCAAGGUUUUUUUUAAUAUAAUUUUCAAUUAUCCUUGUAUCUCGUCACCAGCUGCAUAGCCCUUAUUUGUACAACUUGUGAUAAUCACCUUUAACACACAUGUAAGCUUAGUGAAGAAAUUACUGAUGGAACAUACAAAAAUGAAUCCUACAAAGUCACCCCAAGUUCUCCACUGCUAAGUCAAAUAUUUGUGGUCUUAACUGCCUUGACUGGGUCUUUUUACAAUUAAAUGUUUUUUUAAAAGCCCCCCCCCAACCUGACAUAUUUUAGUAAAGUUCCAAAAUACUUCCAGAUUAGUAAUGUCUUCAAGAUGCCACCAGAAUUGUGCAAUUCCUGUGUUAAAUCAGCAGUUUAGCUGUGUCCUCUUAGUCACCCCAUGCUUACCUGAUAUCUCUUAAGUAAAGCUGAUGCAAGUGACUCUGGAUUUACUAAGAGAGGGGAGAAGUUAAAUUUUUUUACUUGUGUUUUAGAGGUGCAUGACACAAUUAAAUCUAGUCAUGCAGUAUCAUUUGUACCAAUGUAUGUGAAUGAAAUACUUUUCAUCAUGUGACACCAUUAUCCAGCACUGUAAUGGCAUCUACAAGUUCAACUACUGAAUGUUUUGCAUUUUAAAAGCCUUAAUUGUUUAUAUUGUAUUAAUGUGUUUUUAAAGACUAUAAGGAAAUAACAUUUCCUUGUAAAUUGUUAAAAUAAUUUUGAACACAAAUAGUUUUCAGAGAAAUCCAGUUCUGUAUCUUAAUACCCCUUUUUGUUUGUGUACCACAAAGCUGUUAAAUUCUGUUACCUUUUGAAUAGUGUCUCUUGCUAUCAGCCUCUCUCUAGUUCAAGGUCUUUACCCAACUGAGAUUUAUUUUGGUUAACCGUCUUCUGAAACUCAUUGUAUGUAAAUAAAUUUAAGUGAGCAAACUUAAA